AUGGGCUCAGAACAGCAUAGGUUUCCUCAGCACGAACAACAACAGAGGAAAAGGUGGGAAGGCUGUUUUGAAGUGUUCUCUUGUUUCAAGUCACAGAAAGGAGGAAAAAGAAUUGUACCAGCUUCUCGCAUUCCAGAAGGUGGCAAUGCCUCAGCCUCACAACCUAAUGGAGCAAGUAACCAAGCUACAAGAGGAGUUAACUUAUCACUAUUAGCUCCACCAUCCUCUCCUGCUUCCUUCACCAACUCUGCUCUUCCUUCAACAGCUCAGUCACCAAACAACUGUUACUUAUCUCUAGCUGCAAACUCACCAGGAGGUCCUUCUUCUAGUAUGUACGCCACUGGACCAUAUGCUCAUGAAACCCAAUUAGUCUCACCUCCGCCUGUUUUCUCCACGUUCACCACUGAGCCAUCCACUGCUCCUUUCACUCCACCUCCAGAGCUUGCACAUCUCACUACUCCUUCUUCACCUGAUGUCCCUUACGCUCGUUUCUUGACUUCCUCCAUUGAAUCCAAGAACUCUGGCAGAGGUCAUUACAAUGAUCUUCACUCUACCUACUCUCUUUAUCCUGGAAGUCCAGCCAGCUCUCUUAGAUCACCGAUCUCUAGGGCUUCAGGAGACGGGUUACUUUCUCCUCAAACUGGAGUCUCUACACCUUUGCAGGAGUCUAACUUCUUCUGUCCUGAAACUUUCGCCAAGUUUUACUUAGAUCAUGACCCUCAAAACGGUGGGAGGUUAAGUGUGUCCAAGGAUUCAGAUGUGUACACUGGUCAGAAUAGGCAGACGAGAAGUCCCAAGCAAGAUAUGGAGGAGUUGGAAGCUUAUAGAGCUUCCUUUGGGUUUAGUGCAGAUGAAGUCAUUACAACUAGUCAGUAUGUUGAGAUCAAUGAUGUGAUGGAUAAUUCUUUGCUCAUUGCUGCUUACUCUCAAAGUGAUGGACAGAAGCUACUUAGAAGAGAAGCUAACUUGCUGAGUCAGACAAGUCCCAAGUCAGAAAAAGCUGGCCUUGAUCCACCAAAGUCAUCAUCAAGUGGUUGCAAAGAUCACAAGCUAAGAAAUGGUAUCCAUGCGGAUGAAGAGGCUUUGUUAUCUAGAGUGGGGUCUGUGAAAGGAAGCAGAAGCUAUCCCACUGGUUUCUCAAGCUCUGAUGCAGAGAUUGAAUACAGGAGAGGAAGAAGCUUUAGAGAAGGCAGAGAGAACAGACACAGGAGAUAGUUUGAUCAAAUAACAACAAAGCCAGCUAGCUCUUCUAAGUUGCAAUAUGAUCUUGUGAUGCUAACUCUUGAGAUGAGAAUCUAUUAGUUUAGUAUAUAAUGGAUAUAUAUAUAUAUAUAUAAAUACAGAUGGUUUGUGGUAGAAUGAUGUGAUAUAUUAGCAAGCAAGUGUGAGAAAAGGUAAUGCUUUUCCUUUUAGUUUGUCACGGCUUAUUUGUAAGGCUCCAUGUUUCUUCUAAUUGCAGCAGUCUGUUUAAGGUUUUUAGUGUCAUCUUCUCCUUUUGAUACAUUUUCUAGAAACACAACUAUAAUAAUUUUUUAAUGAGCUAUUUAGCUUUAGAAAUUUC